AUGUUGAAAGAGGUCUCGCCGCAGACAGCAGCUUGGGAAGCGCAGGCGAGACACGACAGAUUGAGCAAGAGGUUCGCAACACUGUCGAAGAGAACAAACUUGGUGGCGCUAGCUCCCGGCACAGGCAAGUCUACGCUGACAGCCCUGCUCAACGAAGCACUUGCGAGAAAAGUAGACCCGAUGCGCUUUGUCGAGUACCAUUUGGAAAGAUUGCCUCGGUCGGUUCACUACAAUGCCGAGGGGUUGAGGGAGUUUUUGGGAUUCCUGCCUCCAGAGGUGCUGUAUUUUGCGGAUGCUGAUUCUGUCCAUGAUUCGCCUGAUCCGUACUGGAGAAGCCGUGUUGAGAAUCUCAGGCUGAUGACUGAGAAGACAGGGUACAGGCCCCUGGGAGCAUACGAGGAACUCAUAUUGGAUUUUUGGGAACAGGCCCAGCCUUCGCAGAUUCCGAAGGUCCUCUUAUGCAAUAACUACGGAGGUGAGGAAGCGCCAUGGUUUACUCUUAGAGCCAAACUGCCGUGUAAGGAAACGGAGAGACGAUGGAGAGGCAGAAUUGCGCCAGAUAUGCCCGAUGACCAAGUGGAGCGUGUUCUUCGGCGCCAGCGCCGGGCGUGGCACGAUCUGACAGGAGAUGUCCUAAGCUAUUCUGACAUUGUACAGGCACUGGUUCGCUUGGCGACGACAGCAGGCCUCACAGGCUAA